AAUGGACAAUGAUUCUCGAUAAAGAAACUGAAAAAUUAAAUAUUAAUAAUGUUGAUAUGGGAGCAGGUGAAGACCUUGCGAAAAUAAUUCUCGAUGAAGGAUUUGAAAACUUACAUGAUGCACAUGAAGGAUUCAAGUCUAUGCUGAGACAAGUUGAAAUAUUUGAAAUACAUCAAGAUAAACAAGCUAAAGAAUUAAAUUAUGAAGAGCUUAAAAUCAAAAAUGAAUUUUUGGAAGCUGAUGGAAUUAUUUUUUCACAAUUAAAAACUUUGCAACGGCAUCCAAAUGCAUCUCAACUUGAAUCAGAUGAAAAUAUUUUUUCACAAUGUGAGACCCCACAACGAGAUUCUUAUGAAUGUCAACUUAUUUUAACAGGUAAUGCAAGUUAG